AUGGCCCAAAUUCGUGGCACCGCGGGCUACAACCUCGGCCACCAAAACCCGUUUGGCGGGCCCAGCAGCGCAGAUGCCACCAGUGACCCUAGCCCGCUCGAUGCGAUUCGUGAGCAAACCAGCAAGAUCGAGGACUGGCUUGACACGUUGGCAGACCCUGUGAAGCCAUAUCUCCCUGCGAUCGGCCGGUUCCUGAUCGUUGUUACUUUCAUUGAAGACUCGCUUCGAAUCCUCACACAAUGGAGCGAUCAGCUUGUAUACCUUCGCGACUUCCGCAAGAGGAUUGGUGUUGUUCUUUCAUCGUUCCAAACUCGGCUGACCAGUCCCAUCUACGUUCUAGUUCCCUGGGGAAUCACGCACAUGUUCUUGAUUACCAACGUUAUCGCGAUGUCCGUCUGUUCGUUCCUCGUCAUUGCCCGUAAACGCACCGAAUACGCCGUUGCUGGUCUUCUGGCUGUGGUCAUUACUCAGGGUCUUGGAUAUGGUCUGAUCUUCGAUCUCAACUUCUUCCUGCGCAAUCUGAGUGUUGUUGGCGGUCUGUUGAUGGUUCUGUCCGACUCUUGGGUACGCAAGAAGUUUGUGCCUGCUGGUCUGCCUCAGCUUGAUGAAAAGGACCGCAAGAUGUAUGUUCAGUUCGCUGGACGUGUUUUGCUGAUCUUCCUUUUCAUCGGCUUUGUUUUCUCUGGUUCGUGGAGCUUCUGGCGCAUCCUGGUCAGCCUGUUCGGUCUGGUUGCGUGUGUGAUGGUCAUUGUUGGCUUCAAGGCCAAGUGGAGCGCUAUCAUCCUUGUCGUGCUGUUGAGUGUGUUCAACAUUCUGGUCAACAACUUCUGGACGCUGCACCCCCACCACCCUCACAAGGACUUUGCCAAAUACGACUUCUUCCAGAUCCUUUCCAUUGUCGGUGGUCUCCUCCUCCUGGUCAACAUGGGUCCCGGUCAAUUGAGCAUGGACGAGAAGAAGAAGGUCUACUAG